AUGACUGUACGAGAUUACCAGUCAGAAGAUGAAGGAGACUUUGUGGCAGAUGAGCUCCUCGGCGAUGGAGCAGAGACUCCAGAGCUCGACGACAGGGUCAGGGCAAUGUUUAUUCAACACCUCGAGGAUGCCAGCCGCCUUGACAAGUCAAAGGAUAAAGACGAAACAACGGAAGAUAGAGAUUCCAAGAGAAAAAGAUUUGUCAAAGACUUCUCCCAUCUCUGGCACAGCAGAAUGCGACCAGGGGGCGGCAACUUUCUGCACUUUCUCGCCUCUCAAGAAUAUAGCACCAAGCUACGCCUGGAAUGGCUUAUGGCGCUGGCAAUUAACAGGUUGCCGCAUUUAAUGGGUGUCCUUGAUGACAGGAAACUUUCGCCUCUAAGUCUCGCCAUCUCGGUUGGCAACAUCAAGUUUUCAUGGGCAGUGUGUGUGAGAAUGAAUAACGCGAAGAAGGAGAUGAUUGGCGAAGCUCUCAAGUCUGAGUGUGAGGAGCGUGACAUAGACACUGGCGUUACCUGCUUGCACAGGGCAAUCUCGAGUGGCCUCAUGCCUAGACUGAUCCAGGAGCUCAUCAAGUUUGUGCCGGAGAGUAUGUUCAGUGCUGUCGAUUCUCGAGGUCGCACUCCGCUACAUCUAGCCGUUGAAUAUAGCAAAGGCAGCCCUGAUCAAGUCACUAUCGUGCAGCUGCUACUAGCAAGAGGGCCUGCGGCUUUGAGAUUCCGCACCGCGCGUACUUUGGGGAUGUGUUCCGCUUACCAGUAUCACGAAAGAACACGUAGGGAGCAUCGAGCCUCGGUUGACAACGAACAAAUGAAGCCCCCGCCACGGCCGCACAGAACCGGGCAGCUACCGGAUGCUCCACGGCGCGAGGAAAAGCUCGAGAGUGACGCCAAGAAAGUCGAUAAACCCAAGCAAGGCAAGCUCGUCAAAGAAGGGAAGCCAGAAGUCCCACCAUGGCCGCAAUCAUGGCAGAGAAAGGAUUCCAUUAGCGGCGCAGUAACUCCAACAGGGCGUCGGAAGCCGCUUGAUACAUCCAUCUUAACAAGCGGCCUCGAAUCUUUUGCACAGGGUACUUCGCCAACAGUUAGCCGGCAAGGGUGGGGCUUACAUGAUCACGAAGAAAGAGAAGCCGCCCUCCAAUCAAGUUCAGACAGUAUCAGGUCUCUAUUGAAGCUUGAGUAUCUGCGGAAAAUGUCACCACACGAGGCUUUUGACUACAUACACGUACACGAUCAAAAAGACAAGGAGCUAUGGUAUGACUUUGGCCCCAGACCGGAGGCCAAGAUUAGCGAGAAAGAUUUUCGAAAGCAGUUUCUCCAUCUGGAUUUCGACUCGGUCCUACAAUAUGUCGCUUUUCCCCGUAUAGAGCUCCAAAAGCACGGGGACGCCGCCGAUAACGAGACUGACGAGCUGCAUAGCGGGCGACUAGACAUGAUUUUUCUCUUCAAUUGGUUACGGGAAAAGGGUGUCAAGAGAAUUGUUCGUGUUGAGGUUGAUGACAUGGAGAUGCCGUGUCACAGUGACGAGGCUAUUGAAGAAGCCCUGGCUGGUUUUGAUGUCGAGGUCCUCGACUGGAAACGUGAGGAUCUCGACGUGACCACACUCCAUCACAUAGGCGACAAGCUCCGCGAGGUACAUUUGUAUUGGGGCGGACGGAACGCCGUGCUCCGAUCAUGGAGCGAGAAGGGAGAAGGACUUUGCAAACUUCCUGAGCUCGAAAAGAUCACGGUCAAACACGUCCGGGGCCUUGAAUGCGAAUCCCGGACAAAAACAAACUUGGAAUCCUUCCAGGCCCGGCUCAACGAGUCUUGGGGGACUGAUGGAACCGAACACGGGCAAUCAACUGCCACAGGAACCAAUAGCAACACCCAAGGAAAGGCCAAGCCUAGACAAAAACCCAAAGUUCAUCUGCCAAAGUCUAGCCAAAUACGAACUCAGCAUCCAGAUCAUCUCGGCCAUACACCCAACACAUCACAGCCGCAGGAACGUCGGGUUGAUCCCCACAAGUGGAUGCUUUGUAUGGAAGAGUUCGCCUCAUCUUUUCGUCAAAUUCGUGAGCUGCGUAAAAAGCACAGUGACCCAUUUCUCAGGCCAGUCACGAUAGCGCUGAUCGAUGAUGGUGUGAAUAUUACCCAUGAAGAACUAUGUGGGAGGAACUUUCCGGGAAAGAGCUUUGAUCAUUACAAGGAGGAUGGCUGGUGGCGCGUCUCCCCAUACUGGAACUCGGCAACUGGCCACGGGACCCUCAUGGCACGGCUGAUCCAACGCAUCUGCCCCAGUGCUACAAUCCAUGUCAUCAAGCUGAAGACUGUUCGGACGGCCAACUCUGACAAGAUCCAGAUUGACUCCCAAAGCGCUGUACAGGCUAUAAGGCAUGCGACCGAGAUAGGGGCCCAAGUCAUCUGCAUGUCGUGGACUACAAAGCCACCAGAGGAUCCUAUGGAGAAGGCAGCUUUCGACGAUGCAAUUCGGUUUGCCCACUCCAAAGACGUGCUCAUGUUCUGUGCAGCGAGCGACCAAGGGAGCUUCCCAGAGUUCACCUACCCACACGCUUCGAAUCCCAACUACACCUUCCGCAUCGGCGCGGCGCGGGCGACGGGCAAGACUGCCGAUUUUGUCGGCGGUGGGCAGGAUUUGAGUUUUGUGUUCCCCGGUCACGACGUCGUCAUGAAGCCCCUCUACAGCGACAUCGGGACCGACGGUGGGUUUGACGCGUUCGCCUCUCAUACCGGAUCAUCGGUCGCCACUGCGCUGGCAGCUGGGCUUGCGGCACUGGUCUAUGAGUGUGUAAGACUGGCCGUCAUAUAUGCAAUCGAGACGAAGCAGACCAUAGCAGCCGUCCGGCGCGACGAUCUGAGUAUGAUUCGCUCCAAACAGCGCAUGGAGGAGUCUCUGCAGAGCAUCGGGUUCAACCUCCAGACGGGUAACAAGUAUCUCCUGGUUUGGAAUCGGUUCGAAAAGCCAGCGCGCCAGCUAAGGGAUAGUGAUGGGGCCAGCGAAAGGCAGAUGGAGAUUGUGGCCAACCUAGCGCGCUCAUUUCUCACAGGGAUUCAGGACUCGUAGAGCAUUAGGAGCGUUCGGUGGCAAAGCUAUCAAAAUUAUUUACGCAAGGGGUCACAUCUUAUGUUGGUUUGAUGUUCAGGUCCAUUUCUUCCACAUUCCCUGCUCUUUCAUCUUUUAACCCCACGCG